AUGCAAUCUAUUGAUGAAUACCUUGAAAGGAAAAAUAAAAUGAUUCGCAACUUCAGCAAUUCAGUUAAUGAGGUCAAGGUAAGGAUUAACUUUCUCCACCCCACCCUAUAUGCAGAGUAUUUAGAAUGAAACCUGCAUUCACUCAUAGUACAGUGGUGCCUCGCAAGACGAAAAUAAUCCGUUCCGCGAGUCUCUUCGUCUAGCGGUUUUUUCGUCUUGCGAAGCAACCCUAUUAGCGGAUUAGUGCUAUUAGCGGUUUAGCGGCUAUUAAAGGCUUAGCGGCUAAAAGGCUAUUAGCGGCUUAGCAGCUUAGAAAAAGGGGGGGGCGAAAAAAAUCGCAAGGCUCGCAAGACGUUUUCGUCUUGUGAAGCAAGCCCAUAGGGAAAUUCGAAGCGCAUCGAAAAACGGAAAACCCUUUCGUCUAGCGGGUUUUUCGUCUUGUGAGGCAUUCGUCUUGCAGGGCACCACUGUAAUUAGAGUGCAUGUCAUAAAUUUAGCCCUCCUUUCUUCCAAAGACCAUCUCACCAAUUACAGGUCUUUCAGUCCCUGUGUACUGUGAAGUUCUUUCAUACAAUGUAUUCUGACCCACAGAGUAGCUUGGCCCAGUCCUAACUGGCCUGCAUUCUCCAUACCUUUCUUUUGGUUUUUCCAUUUUUCUUUUGUUGUUGUUUUGUUAGAGCCUCCUUAAUUUUCAGGGGACAUUCUUACCAGGGUUGAAACCGAUUUGUCCCCAUAAGUCUUGUGGAGAUUGACUUUUUAAACAUUUGUAUUUUAUAAUCACCAGGUAUUUCAGCAUUAUGACUGCAGGACUAUUGAAGUAUUCUGCGCUACUCACUCCCCUCACCAACCCCACAAUCACUCCAGCAUCAACAUCCUAGAGCUCCUUCCCACCCCAUGCAGUGAAAAAGCUCGCUUUUCAUAUCUCCAACCCCAUUCAGGAUAGAAGUCACUUCUAUUCUGCAACCCUGCUUUGCACCGGUUUUCGCAUUCACCCCCACGUCCAUGCAGCCUCUUCCCUACUUUUUUAUGCACCCUCCCUGCACACAGACCCACCUACAUUCUCUUCCCAAACAUUGCAACUAAUUACUCUUGUCGUCUGCCAAAUUAUGAAGCCACCAUCCCCUCCUAUUCAGCAGCCCCUUUUGUGCCUCUACUUUUUUGCAGCCCGUUUUGCACCAGUUUUACCAUCACCCUUUACCUUCCCCCCUCCCCUUUCCUUUUCUCAACUCCUGCUUGCACACAGACUAUGCUUCAAUGAACAACAUUGCAUGAAGGUACUAUGGAAUAUUUGAGGGCUCCACAUCCAUCCUCUAUCUUUCUCAUAUUAGGCAGCUGAAGAAUGGAAGAGGGAGAGAUUUGAAUACACCAUGAAGCAAGGGACACUGACAUAUUCCCCUUCAUUUCCCUCAGUGCUCCUUCCUCCACAGCACUGCGAAUGCCCCAUUUAAAUCCAUCCACUUUCAUCUACUCCCCAAUUCCUCCUCUCCAGCCUUUCCCCCCCUCUGCCACUAGAGCCCUAAAAUUGUGUUUCUCUCACAAUUACCUUUCUUUCUAUUCCCCUCAUUCCUCCAAAUGCCACCUUUACCCCUGCCCCUUCCUCUUCUCUUCCCCACCUCACACACAGAAAGACUUCCCCUUCCCCACCAAGUCAUUUACAAUAGUGUCUUCUCCCUUUUAUCCCUCUUCCUCCUCCUGCCCCUGCUUUAGAAAGUUAGGAAUCAGCCCCCGAAAACAACACAGUGGUGGGCUAGCGCAAAUAUAAUUUAGAUGUGAAAGUUUGCUAGGCAUUAUAGCCAAUGUGAUAAGCUAACAGCUUCAGAUAACAUUUCAAUUGAGACCCAUGUGAUUUCUGCCUGCUUUUCAGCAGGCAAUGAAAAUGUGGCUCUUUAGCUUAGGGCACUAGAUACAGCCUGGUUUUGGAGUUUGGUUUUGUGUUUAUCACUUGGUUUAACUUUGUAAAGCACUAAAAUAUCCUAAUGGACUGAAAGUGCACAGAAGUAUUGACAAAUUAAACUUUAAAGCAAUCAUAUUUUGAGGUUCAUAUACUGAUUUCAGUGGUUUUUCAUCUCCUGGUAUAGUAGCUUUCCUAAUGCCUGCAUAGGGCUCAGACAGACAGCAAUAGGCAGUCUGUGCUUGUAUCAAUUUUUGUGGGAUUUCUUAUUUUGGCUAAAGCAAGCCAUAUUUGCUUUUAAUUUGGCAAUGUGUUCAUCUUGAGGAACUAGAAUAACACCCAUAGAAAUGAUACAGUUUAUCUUCAAAUGUUGGCAGAUGCUGGCUCAGAAGACAUCUCAAAACAGUAAUUCCAAGGUGAGAAUAAAUUAUUGGUUUUCAGCUUACCUUAAAACUUUAAUGAUCCCUGACUUACUCCAAAUCACAGUGCAGACUUGAAAAUAUGCUAAUAUCCCUCAUAUUUGCAGAAGCGUUCCAGUUCCAGAGGGUUUUUAUUAAGCCCUUAUCCUCAAAGGAAUAAGCAGUCUGCUGUGUGUACUCCCGUAAACUUGCGACACUCACCACGCAAUUCUUCUGGCACUGCAAACAAAAGCAUUUUAUCUCAAAAAUCAAUAUUCAGCUCAACCUGCCUCUCUACCACCAAGAUGAAUGUCAGGUAAAGAUACUAUAAGUAGCAACAGCUAAUAAAAUAAUAUUAGUAUUAUGAGAUUGUGACAUUUAUAGAAUGCUACACAGUUGAAGCAUGUGUAUAUUUAAUUACAACAAUGGAUGAAGGGUUGAUAUACACAUCUAAUAAACAAAAUAAAAAUAAACACUACUCUAAAAGAUUGUGGGGGGGGUUAGUAGUUCGGGCUCUGUUGCAUGUUUUCAGUGUUUAUUUGGAAGAAAAUUGAUUUAAGGAACAGCUGAAACUCGACCAUUAAAUACUGAAAAUAACUGUUUUGCUCAGAUUCUCUACAUCUACAAAGGAUAACGAGCACAAGCGCUCCCUUACCAAGACGCCAUCUAGAAAAACUCCUUUCCCGAACGUUGGUACCCCAGCCAGCCAGGAGAGCAAUAAGUCAAUAACUAUGACAAAUUCCAAAGGAAGUGCAACAAAGCAUCAAUCAGCAGAAAUCCCAACAAACUCUGGUAACUGAUGAACUUAAUUUGCAAAUAAACACAAUGGCAGUUGCCUAUACUUGAUUCUACAAGGACGAGGUAAUUCUUGCAGUGUAGGCAUCUGGUGCAGAAUCUGUGGGCUAUUGUUACAUAGUCAGGAUUGGGUUCUCUCUCCUCAGUGUCUAAGGCACUGAAAUAACUCUACACUGAUGGAGUGGGCAACAAGAAGGGAUAAAUUAAUUCAGCAUGAAAAGCUGGAACAGCAUUGCCCUCCAAUAUACAGUCCAGUGUGUUAUAAGUAAACUGUCUCUGGAGACUGAGGUCUUUCCUCAUGCCUUCCUUGAUUUGUCUCUUGAAGCCCCAUGUGGUGUCCUGUCUCGUCACUCUUCCACUUCACCCCCUGCGACCCAUAUUCUUAAUGGAAAUUUUCUUUCCUUUAAUAAAUACUUGUCUAAUUGAAAGGCAUUCAUGCUCCUUUGGAAUAAAGGCAGUUUUACAGUGUAACUAUAUUUGUAAUUUAUUUGUUCAGUACAUUAGAUGACUGAAAAACUCAAGCCGACUUUUUAGUUUAAAAAAGAGCAACAUCAUCAUCCUCUUUUUAACCUUUUGCUUUUGCUUUGGGGAGUUCAGUAUUUACCUCUAAUUACUACUAGACUCCAAAUGGAAGUGUAAGGGUAGCUGGCUUUUCAUCAAAUUUACAGCUCAGUCAAGCUUCUAUACAUAACACUGUCAAGCAGCAAACAGUUUAGCUGGUAUCAUUUGCUAAGUUUUACCUGCCCGUCACUGGUGUUCAUAUGCGGUCUUCUUUUAAUAGCCGUUACGCCUUUCAAGUUUGAAGCCACCAGCGCAAAGAAACCAGUAUUUGAUCUACAAGCAAGUCUGUCAAGACCUCUUGGCUAUCAGCCACACAAAGGUAUUGAAAAUUGGCAUGUCAAUAUAGUUGCAAAAUGUGUGUUUUCCUAAAAUGACCCCAACUUUCAGUGUACAGUACAUAGAAUCAUAAAUUUGUAGAGCUGAAAUACACCACAGGGUCAUCUAGUCCAACCCCCUGCAAUGCAGGGAUCCUUUGCCAAACAUGGGCUUUGAACCUACGUCCCUGGGAUUAAGAGUCUUGUGUUCUACCAGCUGAGCUAUCUUCCCAUUUAUCAUACCACUUGGAUCGAUAAAUUUUAUGUACAUCAUUUAGAAAUCUUACUGAAUUUGUCUUUUCUAAAUCAUAUUGAAAUGAGUUCAUUCUUGGUCUGUGAAAGCCAUGACGCAGACCUUUAGACAAAGUAGAAAGCACUACCAAUCCUAGGGAUUUUUGCCUGCUACAUACAGAGGUAGGGAAAGCGUAUUUCUGUCUAGUUCUGUUAACUGCAAAGGAUAGCAAGUAAAAUAACCCAUCUUGCAGCAUUUCAUGAAUUCCUAUAAGAAUUAUGCUUUACUGUAUUAGUACUGUUCACUAGUUUCUCACAGAAGACAUACAGUAGUUGUGUGAGUAAACCCCACUACUGGUAGGCUUGAAAAAAGUUACCUGAUCUAAUCAUUCCUUGAUCAUAAAAUUUCAUGUGUUCAAGCUUAAGUAGGUCAGCACUGAUUUCUAGAUGAAUUUUGCCUUUCCAGAGUAAUAAUACACUGCAAGUAGUAAGUGCUAAUGUUCAGACUGAAAUUGGAAUAUACUUAAUUAUCUUCAAGUUCACUCAAACAAUAUGUGCUAUAUACAAAAGCUAAAUCUUGGCAUAUUUUCCUUCUAUGUAAAUAUAGGAAAACUGAAACCUUGGGGCAAAUCAAAGGAGAAUCUCCAGACUCCAUGUUCACACAAGAGAAAUUAUAAACAGCCACUUCUUCAGACUAGGCAAGUAUAUGACUUAAGGCUGCCAUACAGUCUACCAUAUGCUGUUUUCAGAUGUUGUGACCACUCUCAUAACUUUACUUCACUUCACUUCACUUCACUUCACUCCACUCACAUGUGUAUGCUUUGGAAAUCAUAAAAGAGCUCAAACAGUGGACCAAUCCUAGUAUGGGCCAUCUUACCUACCCUCUAGUAGCAAUGUUGGUGGCCCCAUGCCAUCCAAUGAGGUCUCCUAUAGACAAAGUAAGGAUUUGAUAGUUCUGCAAUAAGACUGCUGUGUAUAGAAGUGAUCAAGCAAGCAGUGUCACACCUGCGGGCCAUACACAUGGCAAGCGAAAAGGGUUUUGUGCAUAUACUAACAUACUUGGCAAAGUAUUUUUAUAUUGUGGGUGGAUGUUAUGUAUUACUUUAUUUAAAAUAUUGCCUAAUACAAGUAUGUGCCUAACAUACGGUAUGUGUAGAAAUUCUCCCCAAGAGACGGGAUACUGAGCCACUCGAGAUCUCCCUCUCCCAUGGAUGAGCUCUUUCCACACAUUAGUGUGCAUGCCUUCUCACCCUCACAAAAUAUGCAGGGAGGGAGGUCUGGCCACCUUUCAUAGGCUUUCAACUUAGAAAGCUCAACUGAAGCCACUUGAUAGAAAACAUUGAAAGCCCUGACAAAAGCAAAGGGAAGAACUUGAUUUAAGAGAGGGACAUGAAAAUAGGUGAUAUAUGUUUAAGUUUUAAUUGUGCAAAGCAUAAAAGACAGCGACAGGUCCUCGGGCACCCUUAGGUUGGAGAUACAAAUAAUGAAAAGUGGUCCCCCAUUAAGUAAGGGUUCCUCCUGAAGUGUACUCUUGGGUUGAGAGCUGAAACAUCCGCAACCCCCCCCCCCCCACAAUACUUCUGUCAUUCUGCAGCAUGAGGUUUGGGGCCAGCAGUACAGCUUGGGGAUAGGGGAAAGGGAGGUUUAAAAUAAACCAUAAGGUGUGUUGUUCAUGGUAGGGAGCCCGCCCUGUGAAAUGCCCUCCCAUCAGAUGUCAAGGAAAUAAGCAACUAUCCUAUUUUUAAAAUACACCUGAAGGCAGCAGGCCUGUUUAGGGAAGUUUUUAAUAUUUAAUGCUGUACAGUGGUGCCUCGCAAGACGAAAUUAAUUCGUUCCGCAAGUCUCUUCGUCUUGCGAGUUUUUCGUCUUGCGAUGCACGGUUUCCCAUAGGAAUGCAUUGAAAAUCACUUAAUGCGUUCCUAGGGAAACCGCCUUCAGAAGAGGUCCGGGGACAGACUGUCCCCGGACCUGGUCUGAAGGCGGGGGGGGGGGGGGCAAGGGCUUUUAUUCCCACCCCCCCCAUUUUAAAAAACCCCGGGACAGCGGAGGACUUCUCCGCUGUCCGGGCGAUCUUAAAAUGCUGGCGGGCGGCAUUUUAAAAUCACCCCGGGACAGCGGAGGACUUCUCCGCUGUCCGGGGCAAUUUAAAAGCCCCUGGGAAGGCAGGCAGGGGACAAAGACUUUGCCCCCGCCAGCCUUCAGAAGAGGUCCUGGACCUCUUCUGAAGGCGGGCGGGGGCGAAAGUCUUUGCUCCCCGCCUUCAAAAGCCCUCCGGGACAGGCAGGCAGGGGGAGCAAAGACUUCGCCCCCGCCCGCCUUCAGAAGGUCUUCCUCCCCCGCCCGGCUUCGGAGCACCGCUCCGAGCCGGGCGGCGGCGGGAGGUCUUCCUCCCCCCGCCCGGCCUCGGAGCACCGCUCCGAGCCGGGCGGCGGCGGGAGGUGUUCCCUCCCCGCCCGGCUCGGAGCACCGCCCGGCCGGGCGGCGGCGGGAGGUGUCCCUCCCCCGCCCGGCUCGGAGCACCGUCCGGCCGGGCGGCGGCGGCAGGUGUUCCCUCCCCCCGCCCGGCUUCGGAGCACCGCUCCGAGCCGGGCGGCGGCGGCAGGUGUUCCCUCCCCCGCCCGGCCUCGGAGGAGCCUUCCGGCCCGGCGGCGGCGGGAGGAGGUGUCCCCGCCCCGCCGCCAGGCUUCGGAGGAGGUCGGAGGACAGUGGGAAGACGCGCUGCGCUUCCCCGCUGUCCCUGAGAUUUCCCUAUGGGCUGUCGUCUUGCGAGCAAGCCCAUAGGAAGUUCGCUUUAUGAAGCGCCUCCAAAACGGAAAACCCUUUCGUCUAGCGGGUUUUCCGUCUUGCGAGGCGUUCGUCUUGCGGGGUACCACUGUAUUGUUUUUAAUACUCGAUUGGGAGCCGCCCAAAGUGGCUGGGGAAACUCAGCCAGAUGGGCGGGGUAUAAAUAAUAAAUUACUAUUAUUAUUAAUUAUAUUACACACUCAAUUUAAACUUGCUUUAGGGAUGAAGGAAGGCCAAGUACUUCUGUCCUUGCAGGCCCCUGACUAAUACUGGACCUUUAAAGAGAUGAAACUGUCUUCAGUUUUCAAGCGUCCCAUUAUGCUACAAAUAAUCUUAAGUGGCAGCUGAAGCUACUUAUCAAUAUUAAAAAUCUUGUAUAUAGUUUAUGCAAUUUAAACCCCAAUCGGGAUUGAAAACUUUCUCCAGUAUAUCCAGUAUUAUUCUCAGAGCAGUCAUUCAGAAAUACAAAUACUUGACUUCUAGGAUGAGCUAGCAAGUGGAUAUGGAAAGCAGAGAAGUAACUACAGCAAUUUCUUAUUUGCCUAUCUUAUGGAUGGGGUCAUACUUAUUUUCCCAAAUAUUCUCAAAGAUGACUUAAUUAUUUCACAUAUGACUGGAAUUCAACCAUGCAACUUUAUAGUCGAGUAUGGUUCCCCCCCCUGAAAAUGUAAUGCCUCCUUCCAGAUGUAAAAAUGGAUGCAGCAACAAAAGAACACUGAGCGGUUUGUCUUUACAGUGGUACCUUGGGUUAAGAAAUUCGUUCUGGAGGUCUGUUCUUAACCUGAAACUGUUCUUAACCUAAAGCACCACUUUAGCUAAUGGGGCCUCCUCCUGCUGCUGUGCCGCCACACUGCACCAUUUCGGUUCUCAUCCUGAAGCAAAGUUCUGAACCUGAGGUACUAUUUCUGGGUUGGCGGAGUCUGUAACCUGAAGCGUAUGUAACCCAAGGUACCACUGUAUUGGCUUUGUGUACUUGUUAGUACUGGUGCAUGAGUUAAUCUAAUAUGGUAUGUUUUGCUUACAGAGAAGAGAGGAGGGAGAGGCAUGUCCAGGAAAGAAAACAGAGAAAAGACGAAGUGCUUAGAUCCCGGAGAGGAUUAACUGUUACUUAA